CCACGUUUCGUUGUGAGUGGCACCCGGACGCUUGCAUUCAGCUGUUGGAACUUGUGUUCUUCCCUAAACUGCGUCUAAAUAACAAUAAACAAUAGUAAGUCGCCAUGAAAACGGAGUCCAACGAGAAGUGGAUUGUGUGUCGCGUCUGCCUGAACAAUCCCGGCGAGGGUGAGGAGCUGCUCCACGACAUAUUCAGCCAAACGGCCACCACACGCCUGGACCAAAUGCUGCACAUUUGCGCAGGCAUACCUGUCAGUCUGGAUGACAAAUUUCCAGACAAGAUGUGCAGCAAGUGCGUGCGCUGCCUGCGACUGAGCUACAAGUUCCGCCUGACCUGCCAGCGAUCCCAUCAGCACAUCAUGGAUAUGUUGGAGCGGGAGGCCAUCAAAUCGAGUGCUCCCGGCGAGGACCAACACCUUGAACUCUCGGACGACCUUACGGUGGAGAGCGUUGUCAAGAUUUGGGAGGAGGACACCAGCCAAAUGGAUGACAGUUUUAAGGUGGCGAAGGAGGAGUGUCAGCCGGUUGAACAACAGCAACAGCAGGUUAUUACCUACGUAGUGGAGGGUGCAGAAGGUGACGAAACUAUUUUGUUCGAUGGGGAGGAUCCCACGCAGGCGGUUUUCGAUGUGAAGCAGACCGUGAUCGAAGAGGCGGAACCGUAUGCGGUUUAUGAGGAAUACGAGCUGCUCACCAGCGAGAACACCGCUACUUUAAGUGAAACCGCCGAGAGCAAUGUGGUCAAGGAAGAAGUUGCAGACGAUGACCUAUGCCAGGAUAUACUUAGCUCCGAUGAAAGCUAUGUGCCGGAGACCAUAACAACUACUAAGCCGCCUGCAAGCCGCCAGCGAUCGAGCAGAAAGACGGCUCCAGCCAACAUAUCUAGCCAAGAAGAUGAAACCGGCAAAAAGAAGCUGGGCAGGAAGCCCCGCAACAAGCUGAGCAGCUAUAUAUGUGACGUAUGCGGGAACAUCUAUCCCACACAGGCCCGCCUCACCGAGCACAUGAAAUUCCAUUCGGGCGUCAAGCCUCACGAAUGCGAGAUCUGCGGACGAGGUUUUAUCCAAAAUCAGCAGCUGGUGCGACACAUGAACACGCACACGGGGAACCGGCCCUACAAGUGCAACUACUGUCCAGCUGCCUUCGCGGAUCGAUCCACCAAAACCAAACAUCAUAGAAUUCACACCAAGGAGCGCCCCUAUGAAUGCGAUGUGUGCUCCAGAACCUUUACCUACUCGGACAACCUGAAGUUCCACAAGAUGAUCCACACAGGGGAGAAACCACAUGUUUGUGAUCUUUGUGGCAAGGGCUUUGUAAAGGCCUACAAGAUGCGUUUGCAUCGGGGGACGCACGAAAGGCGCGGCGCUUGUUCCUGGAAGGCUGAUGUGGAAAUGGCUGCCGAGGGAGAGGAAGUAAAGGAAGAGGAGCAGGAGUUCCAUAGUUGAUUUCCCCUCGUAUAAAUAACCGAACAAGGAAUUAUUGUAAAUUAAUAGAAUAAGCAUCUUUAGUAUUAGGAUUUAAAUAGCCAUUGUUAAAGCUUUGCAUCCAACAGUUUGUGGCAUAAGUUAGGAUCUAAAACUAAUGUUUUUUCCAUUAAAUAUGCAGAAUAAAACAAAAAUUAUAUAUGUA